CCAAACUCCAACUCCAUAUUAAGAAGCUAAACUUGUUUAAGAGUUAGAAACAAAAGAGAGAAAGACAGAGAGAGAGAUAGUAAGAGAGAUUUCCAGUUUCACAAACAGAAAAAUGGAGAACUUCCCUAUCAUCAACUUGGAGAAGCUCAAUGGUGAGGAGAGAAAAACUACAAUGGAGCAAAUCAAAGAUGCUUGUGAAAACUGGGGCUUCUUUGAGCUUGUGAAUCAUAGCAUACCACAUGAGUUUUUGGACACAGUUGAGAAGAUGACAAAAGAUCACUACAGGAAGUGCAUGGAACAAAGGUUCAAGGAGCUUGUGGCAAGCAAAGGACUAGAGGCUGUCCAGGCUGAAGUCAAUGACAUGGAUUGGGAGAGCACCUUCUUCUUGCGCCAUCUUCCCGUUUCCAACAUUUCUGAGAUUCCAGAUCUUGAUGAUGAGUACAGGAAGGUGAUGAGGGAAUUUGCUAAGCAGUUGGAGAAGCUAGCAGAGGAGCUCCUGGACCUGUUGUGUGAGAAUCUUGGUCUUGAGAAAGGGUACCUGAAAAAGGCCUUCUAUGGCUCAAAGGGACCAACCUUUGGCACCAAAGUCAGCAACUACCCACCAUGCCCAAAGCCUGAUCUGAUCAAGGGUCUCCGGGCCCACACCGAUGCCGGCGGCAUCAUCCUCCUCUUCCAGGAUGACAAGGUUAGCGGUCUCCAGCUCCUCAAAGAUGGCCACUGGAUUGAUGUGCCCCCUAUGCGCCACUCCAUUGUCAUCAACCUUGGUGACCAACUUGAGGUGAUUACCAAUGGCAAGUACAAGAGUGUGCUUCACAGGGUGAUUGCACAAACAGAUGGCACACGUAUGUCUAUAGCUUCAUUCUACAACCCUGGGAGUGAUGCUGUGAUCUACCCAGCGCCAACUCUGGUGGAGAAAGAAGCUGAGGAGAAGAACCAAGUUUACCCAAAAUUCGUCUUUGAAGACUACAUGAAAUUAUAUGCUGGACUCAAAUUCCAGGCCAAGGAGCCAAGAUUUGAGGCCAUGAAAGCAGUGGAAACCACUGUCACUUUGGGUCCAAUUGCCACAGCUUAAGAAGAUUGAUUUUUAGAGUACUAAAAAAAAAAAAAAAAAGGCUUUGUUUAGUUGGUUUGUGACAAGUUUUAGAACCACCAUAGUUUACUAUAUUAUAGUGUGGGAAUCAAUUUAUUAUUUGUAGAAAAAAAAUGUAACCAAAGUUACUACUAGUUCUUUGUUAUAAUAUAU